UCCUCUUCCACUCUCUCUCUCUCUGAGCCAGAAGCUCAGGGGCUGGAGGUGAGCCUGGGUGCCACCACCACCACCACCACCGCUGCUGACGAAAGGGAAGGUCUUCAACCUUGCUUCCCCUCUCUGGUGGUCAGAGCCCCAGCAAGCGCUCUCCUGCGGCAGAGACUCGGAAGCUGAGCAGGAGGCAACUCUGGCUGGCCAGGGCCCAGCACUCCACAAGCCACCCACCCUGGUCCCAGCAGGACCCGGCCGCCCAACCCCGAGAUGUCCCAGCUGUCUGUCAAGGAACACCUGGACGGGAUCCUCAAUGACUUUGAAGCCCUGAAGAGGUCCUUUGAUAUGGAAGAUGCCGAAGAGGUGCCAGCUUUCCCCACUUCCUCUCCCCCCAGAUCUCCCCUCACUCCCAGCCCGCCGGCAGCCGUCCUCACCGCUGGACAUGCAGAGGGCAGAAGAGCUGGUGGCCCCAUCCUGCCCACUUACCAGGCCCGCAUCAGCCUGGGCUCCAACCCCACUCCGGCCCACAGCCCUGUCCUCAAGACCAGGAUCGGUAGCAGCCUCUCCUUCAACCGGGGCACCGUCCACCCACCCCGGGCCAACGGGACCAACCUCACCAGGGUCUCCUCCUUCCAAACCCGGCUGAAGCCCAACGGCUUCUCUUCAUCCCUGGGGCUGGGGGGCAGUGACAACGAGAGUCUCCACAGCUCCUCCUCCAGCUUGGAGUGCCCUACCCCCGCCCAGGGCCUUCCGAAUGCAGCCCGGCAGUCCGAGUCAACCCGGGUCGGGGCCUCCCAGCUCGCCAGCCCCGCGCUGAAGAAGUUCUCCUCCCACGGCAACGUCUUCCACGCCGAGGCAGACCGGCCUGUCCGGCAAGCGGCCAAGGCCGCCUUGAAUCACGGCUCCUUGCCCUCGUUGGACCUGCACAUCGCCGAAGAUGGCCCUCCCCCCGGCGCCGACCCCACAGCUGUGCGGCGCUCCGACCAGAACUGCCUCUUGCUGCCACUGAAGAGUCGUAUCUUCGUGGGGAAGGAGGCCCCCGCUCCACCCUUGGAGAUCAGCCAGUUGGUCAACCUGACCCCUCCCGCCCCGGCCUCCAGGCAGACGAUGAAGCUGCAGAAAUUUCCCAUCAGCCUCGACGGCUUGGUGGAGAAGCCUCCAGAGGGCGCCAUUUUGGCACCAGGGCCCAACUCUGGGCCCACAGCUGCCAAGCUCAACCUCAGCCCGAACCAGAAGCCCUCAGAAAUAGCCAGGGAGGAGAGACCUGUCGUGGUGGGUGAUGUUUCCGUACUUCCUUCUUCAGGGAGGCUUCUGGGGCUGGCGAACCGUGAGGGGUCUGCGUCUCCCCCCGAGGCUGUUGCUUUCCACCUCGUAUCGCAGCCUCAGCUCACACCAGCCCCUUCCCAGCCAUCCUUUCUAGGGUGCCCAGAGAUGGCGCCUUCGCAGGGGACUCCAGCCGCGCCCAGCCUGAACAAACAUAGCAGUGCCACAGCAGAGAAGAUCAGCUCCGUUUCCAGCCCAGAGGCCUCCAAGAUUCAGACUCCAGCACCUGCGUCUUGCCCACGGGAAGACCCCCUCCCGAAAGCAAGCCAGACUCCAAGGGCGUCCUGCGAGAAGAUGGACCAAGUUCAAGGCAAGGGCAUGAUGAAGGAAGAGCAGAGCCCGGAGGCUCAGAGGAUCAGCAUGGAGGAGCAGCCGACCCGAGGGCAGGUCCCCCAGGACGCCCCGUCUCUCAGCACUGGGGACCGAGAGCUCUUUGGCUAUGUGGGGAUCGAAGCGGUUCUGGACCAGAUGAGGAUCAAGACCAUGAAAAUGGGCUUUGAGUUCAACAUCAUGGUUGUAGGGCAGAGCGGCCUCGGGAAAUCCACCAUGGUGAACACGCUCUUCAAAUCCAAGGUGAGCCGGAAGUCCGCCUGCCCAGGUUACGAGGAGUGCAUCCCCAAGACGCUCCACCUGCUCUCUGUCUCCCACGUUGUCGAAGAGAAAGGCGUGAAGAUGAAGCUGACGGUGACGGACACGCCGGGAUUUGGGGAUCAGAUUAACAAUCAAAACUGCUGGGAGCCAAUCAUUACAUAUAUCAAUGACCAGUACGAGCGCUACCUGAGAGAGGAAAUCUUAAUCAACCGCAAACGGAAAAUCCCUGACACCCGAGUCCACGCCUGCGUAUAUUUUGUGCCGCCCACAGGUCACUGGCUGCGUCCCUUGGACCUGGAGUUCAUGAGGAGGCUCAGCAAGAUCACCAACGUAGUGCCAGUAAUUGCCAAGGCGGACACCCUGACCCUAGAGGAGCGAGCCGAAUUCAAACAGAGGAUCCAGAAAGAUUUGAAGGCCCAUGGAAUCCACGUUUAUCCCCAGGAGGCCUUUGAUGACGACCCAGAUGACAGGCUCCUCAAUAACAAAAUCCGGGAGAAAAUCCCUUUUGCGGUGGUGGGAGCAGACAAGGAGCACCAGGCGAACGGGAAGAAGGUCCUGGGACGCAAGACCAAGUGGGGGAUCAUUGAAGUGGAGAACCCGGCCCACUGCGAGUUUCCUUUGCUGCGGGACCUCUUGAUCCGGUCCCAUCUCCAAGAUCUCAAAGACAUCACCCACAGCAUCCAUUAUGAGCAAUACCGCAUGCGACGCCUCAGCGAGAGCAACCUGGGGGCGAAGGGCGGCGAGCGGCUGGCGCUGAACUCCAUCAACGGAGAGCCGGAGAGUCACCUUUGAGCUGCAGGCACAGCCUGGCCUCUCCUGCCUGCCUCUCCCCAGCUUCCCCCAGCCCCCACGUAAAUUUGAUGGACUAAUUUUUGUGUGUGCGUCUUCUGAGAUCAACCGGAGCAGAGUUCCUAAGAGAGACCCCACCCCGUUGCCCUGAUCUCCUCUCUCCUAAGUUGCACCUCUCACUUUGCAAUCUCAGCCUCAUUGCUGGACACGGUCCUUCCAUUUGUCUUCCUAGCAGCAUCAACCUCCCAGCAUCUGAGAGGAGAGGACACCCCAGCCACCUUCGCCCCACCUGACCCUGGCCAUCUUACCUGAGCAGCUACAGUACCUUGGCCUACACCUGGAUUUCUGAUUCUCAGCCAGGUAUCAAGGUGACCUCCUUGCUGUCCAGGGGCUGGGCACCCUUCCCAGACUUAGGACAUCCACUCACGACUUUAUCUGACCCCCUGACUCAUCCGGGCACGCCCUAGGAAGUGUCGGAGUCCUUCCCUAGAUCUUACCCUUACACGUUUCAUCUUUUGUUACUCACUGGACAGGUUUGGCUAGUGCUAAGACAGCCCCCGUCGUGCUUCCUUGGGGGAUUGGGGGGUGGGUGAUACAAAAAAGGGGUCUCCUUUGCACGAAGGGUUAUGCCCAACCACUCCCAAGAGCAGAGAGGAAGCUCUGUUCCUAACUCUCUGAGGUUAGGACUGUAGCAGCUGUAACAGUCAACACCACCGUUCCAGGGACGCCUCUAGCAUUCCCAUGGGAGCCACUUUUAGGACUCAUCUUCAUUUGUUAUGGGGGGAGAGAGGUACUGGCAAGAGCUUCUGGGAGAGACACAGCCGGGCAGAAGAGCCCACUUCUGCCUGUACUCCUGUCUGACUGCUGCAAAGCUCCCUCUUGCUGGCUCCCACCCCCAAAGGACUGGGAUUUGAGAGAAGAAACCCAGAGGCCAACAUUUCCCAGCCGGCCCAUUCGUGAUGGAAGAGGACGAUGGGGAACUGAUUAGUCCCCAGGAUGAGGACCACGCUUUGAGAUUUGACAGUCCCGGGCAGAGAUCUGUGUGGUGGGUUCUGCAUCUCCAGUUUAACACAUUAAAGAGCAACUUAGAGAUUU